CUAUUAUUUAUAUAUUCUAUUACUUCUCCUUCUAAAGUUGGAAGGAACGGCGUCCUAUCCGCACGAGUUCGUGGGUUUUCUACAGUCGCGACUUGGAAGAAUUGGGGCGAUUUGGUGGCGAGUUGGGAUUUUCGGCAUCUGCCCUCCCUAUGGCCAUCGCAGUCCGCUGCUUGCCCAAUUUUUGUGGUGGAAGGGAUCUGAAGAUUCAUGCAUCUGCCCGACGAGACUGGGGAGAGACAAAAUCGAAAGCGAAAUCGAAGAUUCAAUGAACCAAAAAAGUACUAGGCGAUGUUGGCGAGACCUGCACAAAAGACAAAUUGGAGCUGCACAAGACAUGUGAACCGCACGAUCAAAGCCAAGCACAACUCAUCGAACGGUCGAAAUUCAAAGCAAAUUCUAGACUCUGAGGCAGCUUCUUCUGCUUCUGCGGUUCAUGCACCUAAUAUAUUGUUGAAAAUCAAAAGAUGUAGAGAUUUCGGUCGGAGUUGGUAUCCCCUGUUUGCAGACCGAGGAUGCUGCCAAGCCCGCCGAUUGCUGAGGUGGAAGGGGAGGUUUUGCCUCCCUCAUUUGAAGCCCUAUCCAGUGACUACACCGUUUUCCAUUCGCUCCUCCCGCCGGCCGCGAACAGUGUAUCGACGUGGUCGGAGAAGAUUUUGCCAGCACUUGAUGCAGAGCAGCAUUCCGAUUCAUGUACCUACAUAUCGAGCUUCGAAAUCCACGUGGUUGGAGUACACCUCGGAAACACAACUGAUCACCUAUAACACAUGUUGAAACUGAUGCAAGAAACAACCCUGAGGCCUGAGAUUUCUGUAAUCGAAGGAGAAGAUGAACCUUAACUCUCCUUCUUGUCUGGGCUCAACAUCCUCUUGGGCUUUUCAUCUUGUGGUCCAAUACAGCAGUCUUAGUUUGGGUCUUUCCUUUGCCUGCCUUGGGCAACUCGGCCCAUGAAUUGUGUUCUUUGUCUUUGGCCCAUAGCCAGUCCAGCUGUCUCUAACGGCUAUAUGUUUUUAUGACCGUUACAUCUUUUACUGUGUAUACAUAUUUCUUUACAGACUUCUUGUAUGUGAUGGUUUUCUAUUCAGUGAAUUCAAAUUGUUCUUUCAA